UCACUCGCACCAGCACCCAGACGGGCACAGGCUGAGGAGCUGCCCAGCCCGUCUCUCACACUCAGAGAGUAGCUGAAGCCUGCAACCUCAUGACAGGUGACGGCAGCCCCCAAAGGCUGAGCAGGCCCAGCUAUGGCUCCAUCUCCAGCCCACCUGACCCAAGGCCACAGCAAGUGCCUCCCAGAGAGACCUACUUGAGUGAGAAGAUCCCCAUCCCGGACUCGAAACCGGGCACAUUCAGCCUGCGGAAGCUGUGGGCCUUCACAGGUCCUGGCUUCCUCAUGAGCAUCGCCUUCCUGGACCCAGGAAACAUCGAGUCAGAUCUUCAGACUGGUGCCGUGGCUGGAUUCAAAGUGACCGAGUGGAGGCCUGAGCAAGGGCCUCGGAGGGGAUGGGGUGACCAAGCUAAGUGGGUGGAGAACCAGCUUGCCAUGUUUCCCAGGGUGGCCUGCAAGGAAGCAGGUGUUAAGGCCAGGAAAGUGUCCCCAAGGCAGCCCAAGUUGCUCUGGGUGCUGCUGUGGGCCACAGUGAUGGGCUUGCUCUGCCAGCGACUGGCUGCCCGUCUGGGCGUGGUGACAGGCAAGGACCUGGGCGAGGUCUGCCAUUUCUACUACCCUAAGGUGCCCCGCACCCUCCUCUGGCUGACCAUCGAGCUAGCCAUCGUGGGCUCAGACAUGCAGGAGGUCAUUGGCACGGCCAUUGCAUUCAACCUGCUCUCGGCUGGACGAAUCCCGCUCUGGGGUGGUGUCCUCAUCACCAUCGUGGACACCUUCUUCUUCCUCUUCCUCGAUAACUACGGUUUGCGGAAGCUGGAAGCCUUUUUUGGAUUCCUUAUUACCAUUAUGGCCUUGACCUUCGGCUAUGAGUAUGUGGUGGCACGUCCUGCACAGGGAGCGCUCCUUCGGGGCCUGUUCCUGCCCUCGUGUCCCGGCUGCGGCCACCCCGAGCUGCUGCAGGCUGUGGGCAUUGUUGGCGCCAUCAUCAUGCCCCACAACAUCUACCUGCAUUCGGCCCUGGUCAAGUCUCGAGAGAUAGACCGGGCCCGCCGGGUGGACAUCCGAGAAGCCAACAUGUACUUCCUGAUUGAGGCCACCAUUGCCCUGUCUGUCUCCUUCAUCAUCAACCUCUUUGUCAUGGCUGUCUUUGGGCAGGCCUUCUACCAGCAAACCAACCAGGAUGCGCUUAACGUCUGUGCCAACAGCAGCCUUCACGACUACGCCGACAUCUUCCCCAAGAUCUUCUCCAAGAAAAACCAGACCGUGGCCGUGGACAUUUACCAAGGAGGCUUGAUUCUGGGCUGCCUCUUCGGCCCCGCGGCCCUCUACAUCUGGGCCGUGGGUCUCCUGGCAGCGGGGCAGAGCUCCACCAUGACGGGCACCUACGCGGGACAGUUCGUGAUGGAGGGCUUCCUGAAGCUGCGGUGGUCACGCUUCGCCCGUGUCCUCCUUACCCGCUCCUGCGCCAUCCUGCCCACUGUGCUCGUGGCCAUCUUCCGGGAUCUGAAGGACCUGUCAGGUCUCAAUGACCUGCUCAACGUGCUGCAGAGCUUGCUGCUGCCCUUUGCUGUGCUUCCCAUCCUCACGUUCACCAGCAUGCCCGCCCUCAUGCAAGAGUUUGCCAAUGGCCUGCUGAGCAAGGUCAUCACAUCCUCCAUCAUGGCCCUCAUCUGCACCAUCAACCUCUACUUUGUGGUUAGCUACCUGCCCAGCCUCCCCCACCCUGCCUACUUCGGCCUUGUAGCUCUGCUGGCUGUCGUCUACUUGGGUCUCACUAUCUACCUGGUCUGGACCUGUUGCAUUGCCCACGGAGCUACCUUUCUGGCCCACUGCUCCCACCAACACUUCCUGUAUGGGCUCCCUGAAGAGGAGCAGAAGUGGGAGACCUCUGGAUGAGCUCCCACCCAGAGCCUGGCUGGCAGAUGGACUGAGUGGGGCAGACUGCGCUGCUGGACAUGGAGGGGGCGCAGGCAGCAAGACAGAGUGGGAGAGUUUUGGAGGCAGGCCAACUGGGGUCCUUAGGGACCUACUGUUUCCUAGCUUAGAUGAAUGAUUAGCCUUUGGUUCUCAGUGUCAUCAUCUGUAAAAUAGGGAAGACACCAACCUUGCCAUGGAUGUAAAGCACUUUAACAUAAUGCCUGGCAUUUGGGACUUAAAAAAAAAAAAUCCAGAAAUAUUUAUUGAGCACCUACAGGAGUGACCUGACAGAUGGGGGGAGAGGGGGAGGAAGGAGAAAACAGGCUCCAAACUAGCACCUAAAAUACAGUCUGAUGAAUGCUAAAUAAAUACUAGUUCACUUCUCAUGCAAAA